CUUAUCUGACUUCUUAAAUACUCGUACCCUUAUCAAAGCUUUGAUGUGAAAGGUCCCAGUUCACGCUGACUGAGUGCCGUACUUAGCUUGCCAACGUUACGCUCAUUGUUACCCUGUAACUGUAUAUGGAUACACUAAUAGACGAUGGCAAUCUGAUUACACCCAAACGGCACCUGAUUUUCAGGUCGAAACACCCUACACGACUCAGAGAAUAUGGCAUUAUCGAUGCUUGACUCAUGAAAGCCAACAUCAAGAGCAUGUCGUCAGGACCAACCCCCUCGACCUUACCCAAGUCGGAAAGGCGCUAAACGUCUGGUAUUGGAUGCCCCGCGACUGCUGCCGGGCAUGGAAGACCCCCGCCGAACUGUCUUUGCCUCUCAGUACUUGGCUUCUAUGGGAAUCCAUCCAAAAGUCGGAAAGCCUCCCCCAUUCAAUCUAAUCUUUCACUAGCGGGUGCUUAACCACUUCUAUGAAGCUAUCUUUCGGGAAGUCUUACUCACAUGCCUUUCUUUCGCUCACAUCUUCCAUCUUCCAUCGCUACAGCAUCAAGCUAUAAGGUAGCUUCGACAAGACCUCAAGCUACAGCUCUUACAUCAUCAUAUCCAUACGUUAUCGCUAUCGUGGAGGUAAAAUAACCACACAGCUUUUGGCUAUAAACAGCUCCAACCCUCCCCACCAAAGGCGUGCUUGGUUCCGAGUUACUUUUCCCGCAGCUUGAUGACAGCAACAGCAACAGCGUCGUAAUCAGCUAUACACCUCUCAAACCAGGCCAAGGCAGCAACAUGGUAGCUUCAGAACUCACCGCGUCUGCUAGAGCUAUGCGCUCCACGCCCGUCAGUGGUGAUGAGUCAAGCUCGAGCUUACCCAAGCCCCUCGCACCUUUGCGAAACCGCGCGGCUGCUAGCCAGAGCCCAUACAUCCGGGGCCAGGCUGAAAGCUUGGUUUCAUGGCAGCUCUUAGACGAUGAGGCAGUCGAGCGUUCGCGCAAGGAGAACAAGCUUAUCUUCCUGCAUAUCGGCUACAAGGCAUGCCACUGUAAGUUGCGUGAUGAUUAGUUUCGAAGCGAAUUCUAUCUUACACUGUGUUGCUAACGGCCACAAGUUUGUCGACUCAUGUCGAUUGAGACCUUCUCUAACCCCGACUCUGCCUCUGUAUUGAAUGAGUCUUUCAUACCAGUUAUCGUCGAUCGAGAGGAGCGCCCCGACCUAGACGCCAUCUACAUGAAUUACGUCCAAGCUGUCAGCAACGUUGGCGGAUGGCCCUUGAAUGUGUUCCUUACACCCAAUUUGGAACCUGUUUUUGGUGGUACCUACUGGUUCGGGCCCGCAGGACGAAGACAUCUCAGUGACGACAGCACCGAAGAAGUACUCGACUCUCUGACUAUCUUUAAGAAAGUUCGUGAUAUUUGGAUCGAUCAGGAAGCCCGAUGCCGAAAGGAGGCAACCGAGGUUGUUGGCCAGCUCAAGGAGUUUGCGGCUGAGGGUACCCUGGGUACAAGGAGUAUCUCGGCACCCUCAGCUUUAGGUCCGGCUGGAUGGGGAGCACCAGCCCCGAGCCAUGCGAGCACUGCCAAGGAGAAGAGCACUGCAGUUUCAGAGGAGCUGGAUUUGGAUCAGCUGGAAGAGGCUUAUACUCAUAUCGCCGGCACUUUUGAUCCUGUUUUCGGUGGAUUUGGCUUGGCACCUAAGUUCUUGACACCACCCAAGUUGGCAUUUUUGUUGGGGCUUCUGAAGUCUCCAGGCGCUGUUCAGGAUGUUGUCGGAGAGGCUGAGUGCAAACAUGCCACCGAAAUUGCGUUGGAUACAAUGCGUCACAUUCGUGAUGGGGCGCUGCAUGACCAUAUCGGAGGCACUGGAUUUUCGCGAUGCUCCGUUACAGCGGAUUGGAGCAUUCCUAACUUCGAGAAGCUUGUGACUGACAAUGCGCAAUUACUCUCCCUCUAUAUUGACGCGUGGAAGGUUAGUGGUGGAGGUGAAAAAGAUGAGUUCCUGGACGUUGUUCUUGAGCUUGCCGAGUAUCUUACUUCGUCUCCGAUUGUUCUGCCUGAGGGCGGUUUCGCUUCAAGUGAAGCCGCCGACUCUUAUUAUAGGCAAGGUGACAAGGAGAAGCGCGAGGGCGCCUAUUAUGUCUGGACGCGGCGAGAAUUCGAUUCAGUGCUUGAUGAGAUUGAUAGCCACAUGAGUCCUAUUUUAGCGUCCUAUUGGAAUGUCAAUCAAGAUGGAAAUGUCGAAGAGGAAAACGACCCCAACGACGACUUUAUUGACCAGAACAUUCUCAGGGUUAAGAGCACCAUCGAACAAUUAAGCACCCAAUUCAGCACGCCCGUGGAAAAGAUCAAAGAGUAUAUUGAACAAGGAAGACGAGCUUUAAGAAAGAGAAGGGAACAAGAACGUGUGCGACCUGACCUGGAUGACAAAAUUGUUGUAGGCUGGAAUGGUCUCGUGAUAUCAGCUCUUUCCAAGGCAGCAUCGUCGCUGAAGACACUGAGGCCAGAACAAAGCUCCAAGUGUAGGGCUAUCGCAGAGCAGGCGGCUGCAUGCAUCAAGGAAAAGCUUUGGGAUGGCAAUGAGAGAAUCCUAUACAGGAUAUGGUCUGGAGGUCGUGGAAACACUGCCUUUGCAGAUGAUUACGCCUAUAUGAUCCAAGGUCUCCUGGAUCUUCUCGAACUGACAGGAAAUCAAGAAUACCUGGAAUUCGCAGACAUUUUACAGCAAACCCAAACCUCGUUGUUCUAUGAUGCCGAUGGCGCCUUUUUCAGCACUCAAGCCAAUAGUCCUUAUACGAUUCUCCGCCUCAAGGAUGGUAUGGACACGUCAUUACCAUCAACCAACGCCGUCAGCGUAGCUAAUCUAUUCCGCCUUGCGAACCUGCGUUCGAAUGACGACUUGGCAGCCAAAGCUCGUCAGACGAUAAAUGCAUUUGAAGUCGAAGUGGUGCAACAUCCUUGGCUCUUCCCUGGUUUACUCCAGGGUGUUGUCACAGCUAGAUUGGACGGAGAGACGUCGAAAUGAAAUGUUGAAUAUAAACAGCCCAGGAUGGCGAUUUUUAUCAAAGUGCCUAGGAACCUAGGAAAUAAAGUGCACGAGUUGUUGGAGUCGGCACAGUCAUCCCAAGGCGUUCAAGGGACAGUUGGUAUAAGGAAAAGAGGAGUUCUGAAUAGCGCAUAGCAUUCUAGGAACUAGUCGAUGAGUGAAAUUGAAUACAUGAUAAAUGUAGACUGUAAGGUCUUUGCUACACUCUGUAAAUACGCAUAAGAUAUUAUCAAAUUUAUCAUUUCAGGGGUAUCUAAUCUACAUCGGCCACCAGCC